CACUUCACAUUCUCUGCACAGAAUUCUCAGAUUGGCAAAUUUGGAUACCAAUUGCCCAUUUAGAAGUAGCCAUUACUGUUCUGCUUGAAACAAGAAAUGAAGAAUCGGGUGCUUGAACUGGGAAUACUGUCUACGGUUAUGAUGUUGUACGCGUGUCAAGCAACAGGCAAUCUCCACCCUCUGAUUCUAGUACCAGGGAGUGGAGGAAAUCAGCUAGAAGCCAGACUAACUCGGGCGUACAAGCCGACGAGCCUUUUUUGCAACCGAUAUUACCCGGUGGUGAAACAAAAGGAGGGGUGGUUCAGGCUAUGGUUUGACCCGAGUGUCCUAUUAGCACCAUUCACCAAGUGCUUUGCAGAUCGUAUGAUGCUUAAUUAUGAUAAAGAUUUGGAUGAUUAUUACAAUGCACCUGGAAUUGAAACCAGAGUCCCUAAUUUUGGCUCCACUCAGUCACUUCUCUACCUUGACCCUCGCCCCAUCGUCAAGCAUAUAUCAGCAUACAUGGCGCCGCUGGUGGAAUCACUCGAACAAAUUGGAUAUGUAAAUGGCAAAACACUAUUUGGAGCUCCUUACGAUUUCCGAUAUGGCUUAGCUGCAGAAGGUCACCCAUCCAGAGUAGGUUCAAAAUUUUUACAAGAUUUAAAAGAUUUAAUAGAAAAAGCAAGCGCCCAAAAUGGAGGACAGCCUGUAAUGCUUCUCUCACAUAGUUUAGGUGGCCUUUUUGUCCUUCAACUUCUCAACCGAAACCCACCUUCUUGGAGACAAAAAUUUAUCAAACACUUUGUUGCUCUUUCUGCGCCAUGGGGUGGCGCUGUGGAAAUAAUGCUUACUUUUGCUUCAGGAAACACACUAGGAGUGCCCCUUGUUGAUCCAUUGCUUGUAAGAGGAGAGCAAAGGACAUCAGAGAGUAAUUUAUGGCUUUUGCCUAAUCCAAGUAUAUUUGGUAGUAAAAAACUUGUUAUUACUCCAAAUGCUAAUUAUUCAGCUUUUGAAGUUCCUCAAUUUCUUAAUGAUAUUGGAUUCUCAGAAGGCGUUUAUCCUUAUAAAUCGCGCAUUUUACCCUUAAUGGAAGGGUUAAAUGCGCCUGAAGUUCCUAUUACUUGUAUAAUCGGGAGCGGCGUAAAGACGCCGAAAACUCUUGUAUAUGGGAAAGAUGGUUUUAAUAAGCAACCAGAUGUUGUUUAUGGAGAUGGAGAUGGCACAGUCAACAUGGCCAGUUUGUUGGCGCUGGAGUCUUUUUGGGCUGAUAAGAAAAAUCAACCCCUUAAGGUAAUGAGAAUAAGUGGAGUUUCUCAUACAUCAAUACUUGACGAGGAAUUAUCUCUUAAUCAAAUAAUUGAAGAAAUUUCUUGUAUUAAUUCUAAUGCAAUGACCUCAGUAGUCUGAGAAUUUCAUGCCAUUUGGAAUGUAAUGUAUUAUUAAUUUUUUGAUGAAUGAUUUAUUAAUAAUUGAUUUUA